AUGGAUGUGACAAGCCGCUGCACCCUUGGAGACCCCAACAAACUGCCAGAAGGGGUUCCCCAACCUGCCCGCAUGCCCUAUAUCUCAGACAAGCACCCUCGACAAACGUUGGAAGUUAUUAACCUUCUCAGAAAGCACCGGGAGCUAUGUGAUGUGGUGCUAGUUGUGGGUGCUAAGAAGAUAUAUGCCCAUCGAGUAAUUUUGUCAGCCUGUAGUCCCUACUUUAGAGCUAUGUUUACAGGAGAAUUGGCAGAGAGCCGACAGACAGAAGUAGUGAUCCGAGACAUAGAUGAAAGGGCUAUGGAACUACUGAUUGACUUUGCAUAUACCUCCCAGAUAACUGUGGAAGAGGGCAAUGUUCAGACUCUUCUGCCAGCUGCUUGCCUCCUCCAGCUGGCAGAAAUACAGGAAGCCUGCUGUGAAUUCUUGAAGAGACAAUUAGAUCCUUCUAACUGCCUGGGUAUUCGGGCUUUUGCUGACACACAUUCAUGUCGUGAGUUGCUCAGGAUAGCAGACAAAUUCACUCAACAUAAUUUUCAAGAGGUAAUGGAAAGUGAAGAGUUCAUGUUACUUCCGGCCAAUCAACUUAUUGAUAUAAUAUCUAGUGAUGAGCUAAACGUUCGCAGUGAAGAGCAAGUGUUUAAUGCAGUGAUGGCUUGGGUCAAAUAUAGUAUUCAAGAAAGACGUCCUCAACUACCGCAGGUGCUGCAACAUGUUCGUCUGCCUUUGCUUAGUCCCAAGUUCCUGGUGGGUACAGUAGGCUCUGAUCCCCUCAUCAAAAGUGAUGAAGAAUGCAGAGACUUGGUAGAUGAGGCUAAAAACUACCUCCUGUUGCCUCAAGAACGACCCCUAAUGCAAGGACCAAGGACAAGACCACGGAAACCUAUCCGAUGUGGAGAAGUGCUCUUUGCAGGUUUGGAUUUUAAUACACUAUAUGAUCCCAAAACAAACCAGUGGAGCAGUGAUGUGGCUCCAACAAGCACCUGCAGGACAAGUGUUGGUGUGGCAGUGCUCGGAGGCUUUUUGUAUGCUGUGGGUGGCCAAGAUGGUGUGUCUUGCCUCAACAUUGUUGAGAGGUAUGAUCCAAAGGAGAACAAGUGGACUCGAGUGGCUUCUAUGAGUACCAGAAGACUAGGCGUAGCAGUGGCUGUGUUAGGAGGAUUUUUAUAUGCUGUAGGUGGCUCUGAUGGGACAUCACCACUCAAUACAGUGGAGCGCUAUAAUCCUCAGGAAAACAGAUGGCAUACCAUAGCCCCUAUGGGGACCCGGAGAAAACACCUAGGCUGUGCAGUGUAUCAGGACAUGAUCUAUGCCGUAGGAGGUAGAGACGACACAACAGAGCUUAGCAGCGCUGAACGAUACAAUCCCAGAACCAACCAGUGGUCUCCAGUGGUGGCCAUGACAUCCCGCCGUAGUGGAGUUGGCCUGGCAGUGGUGAAUGGGCAGCUCAUGGCAGUAGGAGGUUUUGAUGGCACAACAUACUUGAAGACCAUUGAAGUUUUUGAUCCUGAUGCCAAUACAUGGAGGUUAUAUGGCGGGAUGAAUUACCGUCGACUAGGGGGUGGCGUAGGAGUUAUUAAAAUGACACAUUGUGAGUCCCAUAUAUGGUAA